GAGUAAAGAUCACAUUUCUUCUUCGAGACUGAUUUUUAUCUCAUGCUCAGUAAUGUUGCUACACAAAUUUUGCAAUCGAAAAGUAGCUAGUGUACCAAGUAAAUUCGAUCUUGUGGAGAUCUUUUAAAACCUGACAGUGAAAUUGGUAUGUCUCUCCGACAUCGGAUGCAAGUUUCCAUCGAAAGACCCUACUGGCACUUCAACGGCGCUUGUUAUUGGUCUGGGCUGUGCAGGCACGUUCUCAAUCACCGAAGCAUUACGGUAUACAGCGGACUUACUCUGGCUAUGCUUGCGUUCUACAUCAUCGUAAACCCAGUAAUACGCUCCAGCAGAAACGAUAAUAGCGGCUGUGGAAGCAAUCAACUGGACCCAAGAGGAACUUACCGCGCCAUAAACGAGUCGUUCUGCCGUUGCUGGCGAUACACUUGUGACGGGCGCAUGAAUUCCGAGCCGGGCAAGAAGGGCGAAAAGCUGACGCUAGUCAUGAUGUCAUUUGUUUGCCUGUAUACAACGCCCAACGGCGAAGUCUGUAGCAAUUUGGCUACAAAACACUACUCGAAAACCCACAAAACGCGAUUGCUUCUUGGAUUUGCUGUACACGCUCCCGUCCUCCGGAUUCGUGCGCUGCGGUGUUGGUUGCGGCCCGGGAUGAGGAUGCGAGUUCGGGUCAAGCGCCACGCCUCCCUUCGUCUCACCUGCGUCGGGGAUCGCCCCCUGCGCUCGCUCAGGGGAAGUCUUGGCCUCACCCUUGUAACCCUCUGGCGAUUUGUAGUGUGCACCCGGCGCGGGUAGUGGAGGAGUUUGUGAAGGAUCACUCGUGUGCUCACGAUUGCGCAGCGUCGCAGGCGAUGUGGCGCUUUUCGCGGGGAAGAGAGCCUGGUACAUACGGUUCUCCCCUUCAAGCUCCGUCAGUCAU